AUGUCGGAUAUAGCCAUAACUAAUCAACUUCCACCACGUGCAACAACAAGUACUCGUCGGUCAAGAAAAUGGUCGACACUUGGUGGACGUUGUACAUCAACAUCAACGACUAUGAUCCCAACGAAAGAUUCCGAUGUAAAUGAAAAUUCUUCAAAAUCAAAUGGUCAUCAUCGUCAUUCAACAUCAUUAUUUCGUAAAGCAUCGACAAUAAGUCGAGCAACUGAUACAGGAGUUACAUCUGAUGAAAAUCCUAAUCAAGCAUUAAAAAAAUCUCGUUCAUUAAUGAAUGUUUUACGUUCGAAAUUAAAUUCUCCAGCUGUCAUGCGUCGUUUUCGUUCAAAAUCACGUGAAAGUACAAAACAAACAGUUACAGAAAUUAAUGGACAUUCAACAAAUGACCAACAAGAAGUAAAACAAUCAAAUGAUGAACAAAUAACAACACCAACAACAGCAAGAAAAUCAAGAAAACGUGAUCCAUCACCAAUGAGACGUCUUGCUAAUCGUAUAUCACAAUUAACAAAACAUCAAAGAACAACAUCGAAUGAAAGACAAAAAAAAUCACCAACAAAAUCAAUUACAAAUGAUUCACAUGAAGAAACAAGAAAACCUCCAUCACCAAUACAUAAGAAAGAUGAAGUUGAUCAUAUAAAUGCAUGUUAUGAUGAAAUUCGUGCGAAAUAUUACAAUAAUAAUAAUAAUAAUAAUAUAAAUAAACGAAAUAUAAUCAAUGAUGAUACACAUAAUCGUUCAUUAAGUACAAUAUCUAUGAAUGGUUCAUUACGUAGUAAUGAUUUUCGAACUAAUACUCAACAUAUUACAUCAGCAACAAUUGUACCUGAUGAUCCAUUACUUCAAGCAUGUAAAAAAACAAAUAUGAAAUUAAAUUGUCUUUUAAGUGGUUAUACAUUAACAACAUCAUUUGCUAAUCAUGAGAAAACAUUUGGUCAAAAUGAUUUAUUUAAAUUUAAUCAUUAUUAUGAUGUUGGUAAAAAAAAAUAUGAUUGGAAUUUUACUAAUACUAAUAGUAGACUAUUUUCUAAUAUGAGAACAAGACCAAUUAGUAAAAGUAUUGAUAGUUUUCGAUCAUCAAGUAUAAAAGAAAAUGAAGUAUCAACAGCAUGGGAAAAAAAUCAUAUUGUUGAUAAUGAUCGAUUAGCACAAAAGCAUGAAGAUGUUCCAAGAAUAUUACCUGAUAAUAAUGAACCUGUCAUACAUAAAGACAAUGAUCUCAAUAAAUCAAAUAUUGAUGUAGUACCAUCUGUUCCUAUUGAUAAUGAAACAUUUGUUCAAACAAAUUCAAUUGACUUUAAUGAGAAUAAGAUUAUAUCAAAUGGAAAAAUUCUUGACGAUCAUGAUGAAAAAUUUGAACAAAAUUUUUUACGUGCAGUUGAUCGUGCACUUGGUGUAAUUAAUCAAGAUAAAAAUGCUGUCGUUGAACCAGUUCAUGAUAUAUCGAAACAAGAAGAUGAUGCAUCUCAUAUGGAUCUUAUUCAAAUAACUGAACGAGCAUUAUCAUCAUUUUAUAAUUUACCAGAUUUUACCGAUGAUGAUAAGCAAAUACAUAAACCGGCUACUAAUGGUAUUGAAGUAACAGAUUUUGAAUUAAACGAACCUUUAAGUGCUGAGCAGUCAACAAAAAAUAUCGAUGAAGAACCAACUACGAAUGGUAUUGAAGUAACAGAUUUCGAAUUUAACGAACCUUUAAGUACUGAACAAUCAACCAAAAAUAUCGAUGAAAAUCGAAUAAAUGAACCAAUUGCUAAUGGUAUCGAAGUAACAGAUUUUGAAUUAGAUGAACCUUUAAGUACCGAGCAAUCAACAAAAAAUAUCGAAGAAAAUCGAAUAAAUGGACCGACUACUAAUGGUAUUGAAGUAACAGAUUUCGAAUUAGAUGAACCUUUAAGUACCGAACAAUCAACAAAAAAUAUCGAUGAAAAUCGAAUAAAUGAACCAACUACUAAUGGUGUUGAAGUAACAGAUUUUGAAUUAAACGAACCUUUAAAUACUGAACAAUCAACAGCAAACAUUGAUGAAAAUCGAAUAAAUGAGCCUACAACUAAUGGUAUCGAAGUCACAGAUUUUGAACUCGAUGAACCUUUGAGCACUGAUCAAUCAACAAUAAUUAUUGAUGAAAAUCAAAAAGAAAUAAAUGAUAAUGAUGUUCUUAUUGAUAAUGAUAUUUCGUCGAUUGUUAAUGAAUUAAUCGAAAAAACCGAAGAAUUAUUAAAUGAAGAAUGCAAGGUAAGCUCAAUACCUGACUAA